GCUCCCAAGUUGUCCGCGUUUCGCUCGCUCGCAUUCCAGUCGCGCGCUUAUCCGUCACACCAUCCCAGUGCCCGAACAUUGGUACCACGAUGGACUCUACAUUCCAGCGAUGGUCUGCAUACUAGGUGACCCGGGGAAUUACUCCGCCGAUUGAACAGAUCCUCGACACAUAUCGCUGAUUCCAUAUCUGUACAAGGUCGACGCUUUUUUUUUUUUUUGAAUCUCUGUCCCGCACAUAUACUGCAGUGCCUUGGGGACCACGAAGGUAAUCCGACACCCAAUCAGAUUGAACCAUGAGAGAAAACGGGACGAGCAACCACCACCGGCCAUGCAUCCACAUCAAGCCAGGCGGGGACUGCGUGGAGGGCCUACUGCCGGCGGUGUACGAGGCAGCCCUCGUGCACUCGGAGACACACCACCACAACCCCCACCACCUUCCUCCGGACCAAAGCACGUCAGCCAUCAUCUACGUGUCGAUCGUGGUGGUGUUCUACGUGGUGAUCAUCGCAGUGCUGGUUGGGACGACCCUCCGGCGGCGCGGCCAGGUCCUGGAGGAGGCUGAGGAGACGCGUCACCUCCUCAUCUACGACGAGAAGACCGACAGCGUAACGCCGACCCCGGCCGUUCCGACCUCCAGGAUACACGAGGCAGGACUGCUGACCGUGUGAGGUCGUAGUCGAACUGCUGUUCUGUCUGCUUGCAGAUCGACUCUCUGACAGGGAGAGGUCAGCCUGCUCGUUGAAAGUCGUCAGAAUACUGUCAGCUUGAUAAUGCUCUGCUGACAGUAUGGUGUCUACAGAAAGUAUGAAAUGGAUGCGGAGGAUGUCUGAGUUACUGAAACAGCACGUCCAGUCAGCAAGUGAUCUAAGGCAAACCUGCUUGUCGUGAGAGUAGGUUAUGGCUUACAGAUGCUUUAAAAAGUUGCAACGUAACUGAUCAGAACUUUCAGGCUUUUUCUUAAUUCAUAGAUUAAAAAAAGAACAAUAACAGCAAAGACAGACGGAAAGAAAGAGUGAGAGAGAGAGAGAGAGAGUGAGUGAGUGAGUGAGUGAGUGAGUGAGUGAGUAAGUGUGAGAGAGAGAGGCACUCAGUAUGAGAAAAAAAAAAACACUCAAAGCUAAAGUAGCAAUCUGAACCAGUGAUCUACAAAUCUUACAAAAAAUGCACAAACCAACCUAAUUUCGCCUGAUGUAGUCUUUUUCAGGGAAGAUUUAAUUCCACAAAGUGUUUGAAGUUUUGUGAAGCGAAAUCCUUCGUCACAGCAAGACCAAUUCAUUUCUGUUAAUAACGUCAUUUCACUGAUGAUAUUUAAUCAAGCAAAAGCCUUUUUAGUUGCCUGACGCUUGGCUGAUCCUGUGACUGGUAUUAAAAAAAAAAAAUAGGACGAGAAUAAUAAAGUGUGUCUGGAUGGAUGAUGUGUGAACUGCUUUUGUGCUUUUAUAUAAAAAAAAAAUAGCCAUAUUCGGUGAAUGUUUACCGUAAGAAGUGCACAGGAUUAUAUACAUACAUAGAUAGGCAUAAGUUAGUUUGAAGUAUCCACGGUUUUGUAUGUUAUUUAUGUCCUUACGUGUCUAUAAAACGCAUAUAAUCAUAAUGAUGAAAAUACGACGAUACUCAAAGCAAAACAUAUCAUUAGCAGAGCUUUGGUUUCUUAGAAAGUUAAAAGAAAAGAACAGACACUUAAAUCCACUUACUUUUAAGGAGGAAUAGAAGGAAAUGGAAGAGGAAAGCCGGCAUAAAACUCACUAAAACAGAAGACAAUUCCAUUUUCUUUUUUGAGGAAAGAAAGAACAUAAAGAAAUCGUCAAGGAAGGUAAGAAAAACUGAAAUAAAAAUUGCUGCCAAGAGAACUUUCCUCUUUGAUCACUUUGGUUUGUUGAAGUCCAUGUAACUCAGAGGAAAUAUCAUGUCGUCCGUUAAUGUAACGCUAUGUAUAAGCAUUCGCAAGCUCUGAUUAAUUUAGUUUCAAGGUUACCGAAUUUCCAUUGGCUUGUAGACAGUUUCCAGGGAAUUCAUUACUGUUUGUUUCGGCUGGUCUAGACUAAGAGAGAGAUCUCUACUCUCGCGGUGAAACGGCAGGGAAAUACAUAUCAAAAUAAAUCCAAAGUAACCUUUAAAUUCUGGUUUCACUCUCUGGGUCACUUUAUUAGAGGCUGUCCGUACCUAAGGUUGUUGGCUGAAAGUAAACGAAGGAAUUUAUCAAGAUUUUUUUUACUGAGAAAAGCAAAGAAAAAUAAAUAUUUCGCGAAAAUAGAUCUGACGAUCUUCUUACAUGACUGAAACGUCGAUGUUCACUGAGAAGAGAACAGAUCGUCAAAUGUGUUAUAUUCUUGUGAACUGGGAAUACGAUAUACACUAUAUAUAUAAAAUGGUAAAAGUCUGCUUACAAGAAUAGAGGAAAUAAGAAAUCAGAGAUAAAAAACAGUAUACAAGGAAGAUGUUACAGUUGAAGUUAACAUCAUCUAAGACGCUCAGAUCUGUGCAUGACGAAAAAUCAUUCUUAAUUAGCGUACUGGCAUGUCGUCUGCCUAGAUCUCAUGAUUUUCAUGCGCAUGCCCAAAGCAUUCAUUAUACCAAUUACGUUAAUUAACGCGACAGAGAAUUCUGAAUAAGUCUUUGAAAUGACUUUAAAUAUCAUAAUAGUCAUAAUGGAUUGAACAUAUUAAUCCAUUUUAUGCACGAAUAAUCUGUAUGAAGGUAUAUUAAUACGUUCAGUGAUUUUGAUGAGAUUUGUAUCAAUCGGCCAGAGGUUCAAAAUAAGCCGAUUUUGAAUUUAAAAAUGAACUCAGAUUCUGGAAUAUCAGAACUAAAAAAAAAAAAAAAAAGGAUGAAAAAAAAGGAAAAAAAAGGAUGAAAAAAAAGAAAAACAAACAAACAAAAAAACAAAAAAAUCUUAUUCUGCUAUAAAAAAAAAUAUAUAAAAAAUUUCAUCCUGGAACAACAGAACUAGUAACAUCUUCCUGUAUCACUAUAAACAUCUCCCGAAAACUUCCUCAACAUCAAUCUACUCCGGACGAUCGAGUGAAGCAACGCUCGCCGAAAUCGAAGUGAAAAUGGGAAGGCAACCAACUCCCCUCACUCCCCCACCCCCCACCCCCACCCCAUCCCACUCUGAAGCGCGAGACACCGGGGGAUGUUAUCGAAGCACAGAUGACCCGCGGCGCCUCCCUUUCCAAAACGGAGUAACAACAUCAGGCACCCAAUUACACAGUCAAUAUCGGGUAUUUGGGUUGACCCAAUAAGCCGCCUCCGUUCGCCAGCUUGCCAGUGGAUGGUAAUUGG